GUGAUCCGCCCGCCCGGUAAGCAGGUGGCAGUGCAGCAUCCAGCCCCGCCUCCAGUGUCUCCUGGCGUCUCAGGGAUGGAAGGUGAAGCAGACACUCCAAGACCGGAUUCCUGAAGCUCCAGGCCAUCCUGCUAUUCUGUGGGGAGCAGCCCGAGAACUGACGGCUGCCACCAUGGCACAAGGGCUGGAGUUGUCUGUCACAGACUUCCAAAGCUCCCAGAACAACAUGUGGCACCACACGGAGGAGAUCAGCUUUGACCACCUCAUCGUUCGCCGGGGCCAAGCUUUCAACAUCACUCUGUACUUCAGGAACCGGGCCUUUGAGCCAGACCUGGACAAGAUCAUCUUCGUAGCUGAGACUGGACCGAUGCCUGACCAGGCCAAGGGGACUCGGGCUGUAUUCAGCCUGGCGGGUCGUCAUGGCCCCAGCCCCUGGACGGCCUCACUGGAGACCAUCAGGGACAGCCGCCUGGAGGUGAGCCUGUAUGCCCCUCCCACGGCGCCUGUGGGUCGGUACCUCCUGAAGGUUCACAUUGACUCCUUCCGGGGGUCGGUCACGGCCUACCAGCUCGGGGAAUUCAUUCUGCUCUUCAAUCCCUGGUGCUCAGGGGACACUGUCUUCUUGGACAGUGAGCCCCAGCGGCAGGAGUACGUCAUGAAUGAUUACGGCUUCAUCUACCAAGGGAACAAGAACUGGAUCCGCCCUUGCCCCUGGAACUAUGGGCAGUUUGAAGACAACAUCGUCAACAUCUGCCUGGAGCUGCUAGACAAGAGCCUGAACUUCCAGAUUGACCCAGCCACAGACUGUGCUCUUCGGGGAAGCCCUGUCUACAUCAGCAGAGUGGUGUGCGCCAUGAUCAACAGCAAUGAUGACAAAGGGGUGCUCAAUGGAAACUGGAGUGAGAAUUUCUCAGACGGCACCAACCCUGCCGAGUGGACUGGCAGUGUGGCCAUCCUGAAGCAGUGGCACUCCACAGGCCAGCCAGUGCGCUACGGGCAGUGCUGGGUCUUUGCAGCCAUCAUGUGCACAGUGAUGAGGUGCCUGGGGAUCCCCACCCGCGUGAUCACCAACUUUGACUCUGGCCACGACACAGACGGGAACCUGAUCAUAGAUGAGUACUACGACCACACGGGCAGGAUUUUGGAGAAUAAGAAGGACACUGUUUGGAAUUUCCACGUCUGGAAUGAGUGCUGGAUGGCCCGACUAGACCUCCCUCCCGGAUACGCAGGCUGGCAGGUGCUGGACUCCACGCCUCAGGAGAGGAGCAAUGGCAUGUUCUGCUGUGGCCCGGCCUCCGUCAGAGCCAUCAAACAGGGAGAGGUGGAUCUGAACUACGACACGGCCUUUGUCUUCUCCAUGGUGAAUGCCGACUGUGUGUCCUGGCUCAUCCUUGGAGGAAAGGAGCAGAGGCUUCACCGGGACACGAAUUCCGUGGGCAAUUUUAUCAGCACCAAGAGCAUCCGGAGUGAUGAACGGGAUGACAUCACGGAGAGCUACAAGUAUGAAGAAGGUUCUCCCCAGGAGAGACAGGUGUUUCAGAAGGCUCUUCAGAAGCUGAAGAUGGGCAAGUCCCAAGGCCACUACCAAGCAGACUCAAAACCUUCCAGCCCCAUGCCUCGGAGGCUGAAUUCACCCCCGCUCCGGACCUGUGAUAUUAUCCAGGUCUCCCUGGAAUUACAGCUGCUCGACCUGCCCAACAUGGGCCAGGACAUAAAGUUUGUCCUGCUGGCCAUCAACAUGUCGCGGGAGCUCAAGGACCUCAAAGUGAACCUGAGUGCGCAGUCUCUGCUGCACAAUGGCAGUCCCCUGCCCCCGUUCUGGCAGGACACAGCCUUCAUCAAUCUUGUUCCUAAAGAAGCAAAGACCCAUCGCUGUCAAAUCUCCUACUCCCAGUACAGCCAGCACCUGUCAACAGACAAGCUGAUUCGCGUCAGUGCGCUGGUAGAAGAGAAGAGCUGUCCAGAGAAGAUCCUGGUGAACAAGAUCAUCACCUUAGUGUAUCCUGCCAUCAUAAUUAAUGUCUUAGGAGCAGCCAUUGUGAACCAGCCACUCUCCAUACAGGUGAUAUUUUCAAACCCUCUAUCAGAGCAGGUUGCAGACUGUGUGCUGACUGUGGAAGGAAGUGGUCUCUUCAAGAAACAGCAGAGAGUCUUCAUUGGAGUCCUCAAACCCCAACACAGGGCCAGCAUCACUCUAAAGACUGUCCCCUUCAAAAGUGGCCAAAGGCAGAUUCAAGCUAACCUGAGGAGCAACAAAUUUAAGGACAUCAAGGGUUACAAGGACAUCAAUGUUGACUUGUAUGUAUAAUAUCUUGGACAAGACUAUGAUUGCAUAGAUUUUAAGCUUGAAGAAAAUACUCAAGAUCAAAUACAAGCUGCAUCCUUCCCCACCACAACAGAGGCUUUGGAGGGCUCUGAUGUGAGCAGCAGAGUCAAUGCUGGUGAUGGAUAGUCCUCUGGGCCAUUUUCACAAUUCCCCAAGAUUCUGUUCAGGGCCCAGGGAUUCCGUGGUGUCCCAUCCAGAAGUGUGAGAUGGCCAGAAGUUCAAUGACCUGGAAGAAUUUGACCAUGAUUAACUGCCCAGAUGUCAAGAAAAGAAGAAGACUGGCUGUGCAGCUCACUGUCAUUUUGUCAUUGCAAUGGCUAAUUUCCUAGUACCAAUAAAUGCCAGUCCUUAUUCU